GAGUCGGUGUCUCAUCGCGUCCCGCGUUUUGUCGAUCUUUCGUGCGAAUAUAAAUCACACAGCCGACAUCGGACAAUAUCAAGUGUCGAAUUAUACGUAUCGGGCUCCGAUCAUAAUCAAUUGUUCGCUCGCCCGAGCGAAUAUUCGCGCGACAUUCGCGUAAGAAGAAAAGCGUCGGACGCGAGGAGCAUCGAAGCGCGUGAAGUUGCUCGGGAAUCGUGACGUCACGUCAUCGGAAUACAACUCCCGCGUUUUUUGCCGAGUCUCGUAAUGGCGGGAAAUAAAGCGCGCUCGCCAAAAAAUGUCUCGCGUGCAAACAAAGUAGCCGGGAGUGUCUGAAAAAUCGCGAUGGUCGAUCAAUCCGUCCGAGUGUCAGUGAAUUAUGACCGCAAAUGCGGCAAUAUACGAGUGAAAUCGCGAUCCGAAUGCCGAGGAAAUGAUAUUGGAUUGUUGCGACAAAGUGCAACAAUUCGGAGCAUCAUCGACAAGAAGCGACUUCCGGAAAUAAUCAUCGGAAAUAAAAUGGCUCGGCGAGUUUCUGGCGCCUUUAAGUGGCAUCGCAAGUCAGUUCCUGCUCCAUCAUCGCUGUUAAAUCAUCGAGAGAAAGCACCGAGAUAUAACAUUGCGAUACAUAGUGCGAUUCACGCGUCGUGUCGGGAGUGCCGUAUAAAGUUCCGCGCGUCGGGAGUGCCGUGUAAAGUGUCGGGCGAUCGUAAUUAUUCAUGUUUUCGCGAGUGUCGUGAGUGCUACCAAGAGAGGAGGAGGAGGCCCGGGGAGGCAUCGAGCGACAGCAAGGCAACUGUGAGAUCAAUGUGCUGCGUAUUACAACUCUGCUACUAUGCACAUAUUGGUGGGACCCAAGGAACGAGCAUCUCAUCCUAAAGGGAGCAGCGGGAGAAGAAAAUAUGGGAAAAGGGGACAAGAGAGGCAUCGCGCAGCGCAGUGAUGGUGCCAGCACCAAUCUCGUUGGCAAAUUCACGCAGAGCGUCCGAAGGAUCGUCCAGGACGUGAAGGAUGAAGGCACUUCCAGUGGACAAACGAAGGAGGAGGUGAUCGAGACGAACGAGAGGCUGAGAGUCGUCAGGAUACGUCUGGACGGCAGCUACGACACCGCCAAGAGAGCCCUCGUCGAACUGAUGUGCAAGUACACGGAUAGCAAGCAAGUCCGCAACGUGUUCCAGCGUUACAAUCUCCUCAAAGUUAUGAUCAAGGACGUAAUUAAGCUGGAGACGCAGUAUUGGACGCUGGUGGAUAUACCGAGGCAGGAGAAGCAGGAGACCGUCCCGGCCUUCGUGUUGCGUGCCUGCUCCAUCAUGGAGAAGACCCACAAGAGCGGAGAAGGCGUGAAAACUUCGGCGCGCCUCGCCGAGGAGGCCGAGACCAAGAGGGAGCGGAUCGAGAGACUCGAGAGUAUGACGACGGCGCAAAUCGAAGCGGAGAACACCCAGAUGACCAAUGAUCUGUACAGAUUAUUGAAGAAGUACACGGGUCUCAGGAAUCUCAUCAAAGAGUUGAAAGAGGAGUACAACAGCUCGAAGGUGUAUCCAAUGUUCCCGCGUUACACGAUACUGAAGGACAUGAUAAAGGACAUAAUGCACAACCCGGACUACAUGGAGGUCUGUCACGAGGUGGACCAAGCAUAGCGGCCGGACCCCCUCCAUCGUUCGCCACGUAUGACCUUGUAGAUUCUUCGGGUCUUUACGUGGUCGUUGGUGAAGGGGGUGAAUAACAGAACGCUUCAGCUUCAACUGACGAUUUCAGUUCGGAAAGUACGGUAGAUCCUAAUUUCUCUUUCAUUUUACCCCGAUAUAUAUAUAUUUCCGUUUCUCGUCCACGUCAUUCGUCCGUACGAAUUCUUGGAGCAACUCUGGAGCAUCAAGUUGCACCGUUUGUGUUAACACUCGCGAAUCGUAUACAAUUUCUCGCAGGUAAGUUAGACCCAAUCCGAGCGAGAAAUGGGAGGAUAAUGAGGGAUUGGAUUUCGCGUGAAAGUGCAUUAUCGAAUGUCACGUCGGAGAAACGUCACGAGAAGACGGAAAUCAAGAUUGCGUCACGAGGUAAUUUUUAUAAUUGCGAGGAUGCUGCUACUUGCAGCCUGAUCGUCGCGAAAGCAAAAAAAAGUGGAAGGCAAGAAACAUUGGAUGCAAAGAUAAAAUUGACACUUUUAUAAAUAAGCUUGUACCAUAUAAUUUAUUCUUAUUAAAUUUGAGAGAAAUAUUGAAUCGUUGAAAUUUUUUCUUCGGGGAUAACGAAAUGUUCCAAGUUGCGAUCAAAGAAUCCACGGAGAUGACUCUGGAAGAACUCGUUUUAUUAAACCCAAUAUUUUUUAAACCUCCACUUUGUGUGGAAAGAGAAGACUAGAAGUCCUUCCUUUCGAAAUAAAUCCAAGUAGCAGGAUUCGCGAGAUUUUCCAGUCGUAGAAAGCCAGCCGAGAGAGGUGAGAGAUUUUAUAGUUUCUGAUUUCGCGUCGGAAUAGUCGCUCGUACAUCACACACAAAGGAGGCUAGUCACGUUUACUAUUGAUAGUGGGUGUCGCGUGCACGUGGUAUACCAUUAAUUAAUUAAGAACAGUUCAAGAUCAAGAAUAUAAAUUCGUACGCGAGCGUGAGUUUGUACAUAGGUAUGCAACUCUCGUGUUCAUGUGUGGCUGCGUGUAAGAUCAGCGUGAAAUUGUGAGAGUGACGUCAAUGUGGAGCACACUAUUAUCUGCUUCCUGCUGUGUAUAGGACUCUCAUAAUAUGAGACAUCGUCGUAAUCGUCGGUCUAACGCGAUUCAAUUUACUCGCUUUAUCUAUAAACAGAUCAGACAUUUGAGCGACGUUCUGCUAAGAAAAGAUGUAUUUAUAAUGAGAGAAACGUUGGUUGACGAUUUAACGCUUGAAGAAAGGUGAGAUUUUACAUGGUUAUAAUCUUAAAUGGAGAUUUUAUUGGAGAUAUUUGGAUAUGUAUUGUGGAUAUAUAAAUGAAUCAUAUAUAUAUAUAUAUAUAUAUAUAUAUAUAUAUAUAUAUUUAGUGUGUAAAAUAUUGGGAUAUUUGAAUUCCUAGCUUUUACCUACAAACAAGGACAAAGAUCGGACGAUUCGAAGCAUUGAAAUGCUGAAAAAAAUACAUUUAUGAUAAGGAACAUUAAUUAAUGAUUUAUCGCUUGAAGCAAACUAAGAUUUACAGAGUUAACUUUUAAAUGUGGAAAUUUUAUUGCAAUAUUUAAAUCAUAUGUAUAUUUGGUGUAUAUAAUAAUA